AUGUUUGAAGAUUGGAUUUACAAAUAUCUAUCAAGAACAUCUUGCGCUCUAACUUUCUUAGUAAACCCCAUAUUCAUUUAUCUGAUUUUCUCAGAAAAAUCUUCAAAAUUUGGCAACUAUCGAUUUUUGCUUCUUUAUUUUGCAUUUUUCAAUUUUAUUUACUCAGUAGUCAAUGUUUCAGUUCCGUUGGACAUUCAUAACUAUCGCUACUCGUUUUUCAUAUUUGUGAGACACGGUUGGUUCAUGGAACGUUCCGAUCUGAAUUUUCACAUUCUAGUUGCUCGCUGCUCUAUAGUUGCGUCUAGUUACGCGGUUUUAUUGAGCCAUUUCAUAUAUCGAUAUCUUGUGAUUAGUGAUUCAAGUUUAACAAGACGCCAUUUUCAUUGGUACAUGACUGGAUCCUUUCUGUUGUCUGUUGUAUAUUUUUCUCUGUGGCACGUUACGUGUUACUUCCCAGGUCGAGCGAACUUUGAACUUCUCCAAUAUAUUCGUGAGGAUUUUCAAGAAACAUUUGGUUUAGAUUCGACAGAGUUUAAUAUGGUUGGAGCAUUGUUCAGCGUAGGAUCUUACGAAACAACACAUAGGGCGUGGAUCGCCACUAUAAGUUGGUCAGCAGUUUCCAUCGCAUCUAUCACAUCAUUUUUUGUGAUGGCUCGAUUGAUAAUGCGAAAGCUCAAAAAAAUGACAGUGAGAACAAGCCAAAAAACAUCAAGAUUUCAAUUUGAGCUCCUCAGAGCCCUAAUUGUACAAACAGUCAUCCCAAUCUGCAUCAGUUUUUCGCCCUGCCUGUUGUGUUGGUAUGGCCCAAUUUUUGGUAUACAGCUGGACAGAUCUUUCAAUUAUUUUGAAACAACCGCUUUAGGGGUAUUUUCCUUUGUGGACCCCAUUGCUAUCAUUCUGUGUCUUCCCAUAUUUCGCUGCAGAAUUCUCAAAUGUUUUUCAAAAACCUACAAAAAUAAUCGAACGACGUCAAUUUCUAGAAAUUAAUGCAAAAAUUGAAAUAAUCGUACUAUAAAGAAAAUAAUGUUAUUUUCAUUUUAGGCUAUUCAUACUGAUAAUAUUGAUAAUCGUGGUAGAAUAAAUACU